UAUGUUGUCAAAAUAAAAACCCCAAAUCAGAAGAAGUCGUUUCUUAUUGUCUCCGAAAAUGGCGGUCUCAUCGUCUUCCAUCUCAUCUUCCGAAUCCUCUUCAUCUUCCGAUUCCUCCUCCUCCUCUCGUCACCGUCGCCGUCACCGUAAUUACCGUCGUGACGGAGACAGAAGUAAAGAUUCUCUGAAGGUCCGUAAGAAAAAUAAGCCACAUUCAAAACGCCGCCGUCACAGCAGACAUCACCGCCACUCCUCCGAUCCUGACCAAUCCUCUUCAGAUUCUUACUCUUCCAGAAUUGAUGAUACGUCUGAUAGCGAGCAUGAAACAUCUAAGAGGCACAAGAAAAAUGACAAAUUGAAGAAGAUCAAAGAAAAGGACCGAAGUAAGAAUCGUCGCCAUAAACGACAGAAGCUCAAAGUAAAAGAGACGGAGCAGGAUGAGAGGGGUAGUGGCCCUGUACAGCUUUCCAAGUUCUUAGGACGUGGCAAGGAUGAUGGUGUUCGUCGAAGCGCAGUUUCCGGAAAAAAGAUAUUACUGAAACUUGAGAAAUCGAAAGAGGAUAAGGAAGCAGAAAAUAAAAGGAAUGAAUUGCUAAAAUUCUUGAAUGCUAGUUUUGAUUGAUAUAAGCGAGCUCGGAGUCAAGUCUCAGCUGAAAGGUGAAAAUGUUUCUGGUUACAGCCAUUGUCAUCUGGCAUAUAUUUAUAUUACAAGGAUAUUCUGCAGGGAGUCACAUUUUGAACAUUGUUAAAUUUGUCUUGAGCUGUUGUUGCUCCUGAGAAUUAGCAGACUCCCAACUGUCCUGUUGUAUCAAUUUGCUACACAUGUGCAUUAUUUUCUUGGAUGGAUUUUGAUUUUUUUUAAUAGCUAAAUUGGUAGCCUCGUCGUUUAUUCCA